ACAUUUUUAAUCUGUAUCAUUGUUUUCUUUUAUUGAGUUUGAUGUCGAUUUGUGUUUUUCUAUUAUUUCUUCUACAAAAUUAUACCAAACUCGAUGUGAAACUAGUGUAAGAAUAUGGCAAAUCAAGAAAUAAGUUUGAAAUGGAACGGUUAUCAGAGUAACAUAUUGACAAAUGUGAAAGAACUUUAUAGAGAUGAAGGGUUAUCCGAUGUUACUUUGGUUUCGGAUGGGCAGUGUUUUAAAGCUCAUAAAGUGAUACUAUCAGCAAACAGUUCCGUUUUCAAAUCAAUAUUUCAGCAAAACCCCCACAAAGAUCCGAUUAUAGUGCUACAUGAUAUCAACACAGCCUCAUUAAAGACUUUGUUGACGUUUAUGUACAAUGGCGAAGUUAACGUGACUGAAGAAUUCCUUCCUAUUUUAUUGAAGACUGCUGAAAUAUUGAGGGUAUGUGGUCUGUCCACUGGGAGUGAAGCUGCCACCAAAGAUGAUGAGAAAUCGGCUGGACCAGUACAACCAAAAAAACGCAAGAAAAGUGAACAUGAAGAUAAUAAUAAUAAAUGCAAGAAAAUUUCUACAAAAGUCGAGACUCCACCUAAUACAAGUAUUACAAUAGAUGCAUCAAACACUUCUAAUGUUGUCUUAAAAGUGGAACCAAUUGAUUCACCCCUCACCGAUUAUUCCGGAGAUAAUACUAAUGACACCGACAUUGCUUUACUUGAAGAGACAGAGAAAAAAUAUUGUAUCAAUAGUGAAAUAUCAACAAAAUCAGUUUGUACUACAGGACCUAAUAAUCGUAACAUUAAAAAAUGGAUAAGUGAAGUUAGCAGUACGCAACCCAGUUUGAAUUCUAAUGACAAAAAUACAGUUAGCACUGAAGAUGACAAAGAUAGUUUGGAGAUUGAUAAAGAAGUUGAAACCGUUCUUCAAAGUGGAACAAUAGUAGAAUCAUUAAGUAUUACGACUGAGAAUUUGAAUGUGGUUUCUAGUGAGGCUCAAAAUUGUAAAGAUAAAAGUAACACCUGUUAUGCGAAUCCUUCAUUUCCUUGUCCGUUUUGUCCACGAGUCUACAACAGUUGGGGAUAUCGAAGGAGACAUGUCAAAUCUAGGCAUCUCACUAACAAAUUGUCAUGUAAAUGGUGCGUGUCGGUACUGGCGUCGACCGGCGCGUGGUACUCGCACGCGACCAGAGCACACGGCGUCCCGCACGAGGAGGCGCGGAACUCGCUGGUGGUGAUGGUGGAAGCCCACGCCGUGCUCACCAUGAACGAACCCAGCGUGACGCAGCUGCUGGGCCAGGUCAGCAUGGACGGCAGCGUCAGCGACAAAAGCACAUAGGGUACGUCAUAUACAGCGUGUUCUUAUAUCUACGAUUUUGUCAUCCGUUGAUUUUUUUAUCAACAAGUUUUUUAGUUUAGAUCUAUUAUGGAGGUAACGUUUCGACAUUAAAAACACAAAAUCCAUCCGUUCAUUUUAACUUUUUUGCUCAUUGUAAUAAUAAUAGUAAUUCUCUUAACCGUAAAGAUUUUAAUGUACGCUUCUAAUUAUUAUUAACAAAAAAAUACUAUUUCGUAAUAUUGACAGUGAUAUUAUCUGGUCUUAUAAUUUAAUAUUAUAAUCUUAAGGUUCACUUUGGCAUUUAAGUGAGCACGGCUUAGAUGUAAAUUAAAUAUGACAGGAUAUAAUUUAGAUUUGUGUCAUAUAAGGGCACUAUGGCGAAUGUUAUAAAAACUAUGGAAGCUGAUACUGUACUUUGAUUUAAAGCUCUCUUUAUUUAUAAGAUGUUUAGCUUGUUUCCAGUGUAGUAUAAUCAUAUUCACAAAGUAGUAGCUUGGGCCAAAGAUGCCAUAAAUGAUGACAUGUGCCAUAGGAAUGUCACGAACAUACUUAGAUUCAAUGGUUUUCAAUAGCCUUAAAAUUAAUUGUGUGUUUUAAAUGCUUGUGAUCUCAUCGAAAAUAAGAGAUUAUGAAAGAAAAAAGUGUAUUGUGUUGUUUGUACUUUUAUAUUCAAAUUGUGACGAAGGAGCGUCUCACCAAGGUGGGCCGAUGACCCGGCGACCGCUGGACUCUUUAAAGUCAGAACCAGUUAUUGUGGCGAAACUGGGAAAGGUUCAGCAGUGUCCUAUGUCCAGCAAUGGAUUUCAGUAGGACGAUGAAUGAAUCGCUCGAGGGACUGGGUAGAAGUGGGGUUUUUAAUUUUUUUUAUUGAUUAUGUACUCAAAAAAACCUAUUUGAAGUCAAACUACAAAAUUUGCAAUAACGAUCAUGAGUUAACUUAAUAAAUUACGCUGUAUGUCUCCUAAUAAUUAAAUUUGAAUAUGGGUGUUCAAAUCCUUAGCUCCUUUUAAAUAAAGAUUUUUAUAUUCCUAUAGCAUUCUAGAUUUACAUUAAAUAAAUAUAUAUUGAAGCUAAAUAACAUUCAACACAAACGGUUCAGAUUAUAUGUAGUUUUGUUCUGUCUACAGUAACUAAAAUUAAUAUAAAUCGCUUUAAAAGAUCCUAAUCAUGACACUUGAACCCUCCGAAAAUAAAUUUUAAUAAUAAUGAAGCAUUAAAAAAUAAAAAUAUUUUAUUAUUGUAUUUUGUGAGAAAUAUGAAUUUAAAAAUGCUUCUACAAAUUACUCAUUUUUUUGUGAUUUGAGAUAAAGUUUUGUGUAUGUUUUGUGUCUCCAUGUCAUUAAGUAAUAACAGUUAAGUUAUAAUAUAAUGAAAUUUUCCAUAGUAAUAUUUUUAAAAAUAUUUAAGUUAUUUUGCUUUUGUGAGCUCUCAACCGGAAAUAAGAAAUGAUAUAAUAUAGUAAAGAAGAGUAGAAAUAUAUUUUUUGAUGUUCAACACACAAUGAAAUUGUAUGAUAAAAAAAUUAAACAUAUACAGAAAAAAUAUUUAAUGAAAUCAAACCUUUAUUGUAAACUUAAAGUAUAAUGAAGAUUAUAAAUUAACAGAAAUCACUGUGUUAGCGGUUUUGAGUACCAGAUAACGGGCCUAAUACAUAGUAUACUAUCAUUUCAUGAUUAAGGUUACAGGUUGGUCUUCUCAUUUCAGUUCAGAGCAGUUUCUUACAAAAUUUUAGCAACAAUAUCUAGGUUUGCAAUUUCUUAGUGUCGGUAUGCUCAAUAGAUGAUUUAAAAGAGAUAAAUAAAUAUAUUGUGUACCGGAGCUGAUUGCAGAUAAACAAUUUAAAAAAAAACUUGUGUACCGUUAAUGAUCAAUUAAAUAAAUAUAUUUUUAUAUAAACUUUUACUCAUGAUCAAAGUGAGUCCAUGUUGCAAGGCUUUUAUUACUAUUGACACAAGAGCUACAUAAAUGAAAUCAGUAUACAUGAAGCAGAUUAUUUUAAAUGUAGCAUUAAAAAAACUGAUUAAACCAACCUGUACUGUUUUCAAAGUAACAAAAUACUAAAGAAGGUAUUGUUAAGGACUGAAACUACAGAGCUUAGACUUAGCUAAGACCACAAUAAGGAAGAUUAAUAAUUAACUUGUAGCUUUUCUAAAAUUACUCAAUUGUUAUUUAAAAAAAGUUAGUACAUAUAACAUUAGGUUUAAGUCAAUUAAUGUUUUGGCAAUAAAGAAAACAAAAUGUGAUUUCCUAGAAUAGAAAAGAGAAAAUUACGAUUCGAACAGUAUUUUAAGUGCACUAAAAGAAAAUAUAAUAUUGAUAUUACACUAUUACUAAAAGAGUACAUACGUUUAGAAAUUUUACGAAUAGAAAUGAUCGUAUAGUAUAUAUUUUUCUAAUAUGUAAAAUAAUUAAUCUAAGUCGAAUGAUUGUGGUGAAAAUAUAGUGUGCAAAGUAUUCCGAAAUUGAGUCAUCUGGUUGUGAAAAAAAUAAUACGAAUCGUUCAUUAUGGUACUAUAAUAUGUACAUUAAAGGCACAAGGUCGGAUAUCAAUGAUUUAAACUUUUUUUAUUUUAACAUUUCAGAAUGUAAUUUGGUUACAAUGUAUUAUAGUUGUCCACGCGAUUAUAUUUAGGAUGUAAUUAAAUAAAUACAUACAUUUUAUAUUGUGGAAAAAAAAAAAAACUACCCACUAAUCUGCCUAAAGUAUAUCUGACAUAAUGUUCAAAUUUCUGUUUUGAAUAUGGAGAAUAUGCCCUUUAAUGACCCCUUUAUUUUUGCUUAUAAUGUAAAAAAUAUUACCAUAGUUAAUAGACUUUACUUACUUAAUGCUCUACCAGAUGGCCCAAAAGUCCAGUUGUAAUGUAAUAUAUAAUAAAUUAUUGAAAUCUGAUGUUCAUUAGCUCAGUCCUUUGCGCCUCGCUAAUGAGAUUGAUAUUGACAGUCCUAUAUUAAAAUAUUUGUUACUUUUCUCAUUACAUUAAAAUCUAUACAAGGAACCAAAAAAAGUAUUAUUAAAAAAAAAGUUUUUAUAAGCGACGCAGAUUUCAAUAUUUUAAUGGUAGACUCCAAAUGCUCCUAAACAAAAAUAAUUAACAUAUCAGUUCGUACAAAACAAAGUUAAUGAGCUUCAAAAAGAGUGAACUACAAACAAAAAAUAUUUUAAAUUAACUACAAUUUUGUACUAGUGUUAGUCCAAAUAAUUAUUAUCGUACUAUUUUAAAUUACACUUAAUUAAAAAUGCUAGUCUAUGGCCAGUUGUAACGCAGUUUAAUGUUUUGCUUGUAACUUAUGAAGUGAGUGGGAAGGGAGGAAAAUUUAUUUAUUUAGCAUGGCAAUACUAAUGACCUAAUAUCAUAGAUUAAAUGAAAUAGAUAUCGAUAAAAGUUAAUUAAAUAAGAGACAUUGAGACGUGGUAUUUUGAUAGCAAUAUUAGCUCAAAAAUAAUUAAAAUAAAAACCAUAGCGCCGACACAUUAGUUUAAGUAAAUUAUUAAUAAGUUACCAAAGCAAUUUCGAAUAAAUACGUAAUAAGGAAUAUUUUAAAUAAGUAUAAUAUUUAUAAGAAUUUAUAUAUUUUUAUACGACUUGUCUUCAAUAUGUGUAGUUUUUAAGUGUGUGAAAGUUUGAUGAAGCUAAAUAAUUUGAUGUUUCGGGUUUUUUUUAUAUUUACAAAUCUAAAACAAUUCAUUUAUUUUGUCAAGCUGUAUUCUCAUUGAUUAUUCAGUGAUUAAAUUAAUAUUUAAUCACUGAAUAAUAUUCACGAAUUAAUAUUCGUAGUUUUGGUAAUAUAUCUAAGAUGAAUAAACAAGAUAUUUUAUUGUUCAUUUUGGUAUUGCACGCAUUGGUUCUGGGCAGUUUUCAUAAGAUGUACCCUGAUUUAAAUCAACAACGCAUAAGAUUGAUAUUUUAGAAUCUCUCUCAUUAGGUGGAAAGCAUUAACAUCAAAUUAUUUAGUGCAUUAUGUUCUUGUACGUGAUUGUACGCCAUAAUUUACGCUUUAAGUUUUUUAAUCUUUUGUAUUCAAUAUACUUAACUCUAUUGAGAUGUAAAUUAUUUACUUAUCGAACGUAACAUUUGAAUUCUUAUGACUUAACAUAUAAUAAAACAUAUGGCUUUAAAAAAAAACUUAAUAAAAAUAAAAUGUAUGCGGACUUCCAAUGCAAUGGAGAUUAAAUAUAUUUUCUACAAA